AUGGGUUUUCAUUUCCUUGCUCGAAUAUCCGCCCUUUUCCAUGCCGUGAUCCUCGUUUCGCUGUGGGAGCGCGCAGGUGGCAUCGGUUCUUCGUUGUCCGCCUUGGCCAUGGAGGAGUUCGUGAUGGGCGAUCACGUGCGGCUCAUGGCCUCCACGCGGCACGCCUUGGAGCUAACUGUGUCGUCCAGGCUCUUCGCCAAGCUCUACGGCCUCUUUGACUCUGACGCUGAGUUCCGCGACGCACUGGCGCGCGUCCGAGGCGGCCCCGACGCCGAGCGGCUCCGCAUUGUUGCCUACGGGCUCGGCGGUGCGCAGUACAGCUGGGCGCCGCGGUUCCACCUUGCUGUUCUGCUCCUCCUUCGCGUUGCGUUCCCGGACGCGAUCGGCGACGUGGAGGUGGUUUGCUCGACCGUUGCCCCCGUGGAGCGCCAAGCCAUGGAGGAGUUGGGCUGUGUCGUUACCGCGUCGGUCCAGCAGUGA